AUGGGGCAUGCCCAUUUCUGCCAGAGGCUUUUUCAGCUUGACGUGAACAGCGACAGCAGGGCGGAGAGGAGCGGCACGGCUGCAAAGGCUGGCAAGACCGCCAAGGGGCCUCUGUUUGGGUUGCCAACGGGGGUGGUCCUGCUGAGCAACAAUUCUCGCCAAACCGACAUCAUCACCAUGAUGCCGGACUUCAACGCGCACGGCCUGGACCCAAGUUGGGCCGAGCCGGAGGCGGAGCGGGUGCAGGAGUUCUUCGAUAAUCUGUUGGAGAAGUAUGUCCGCGAAGAGCCGCUGCUCAUUGAGGACACCACCAAAGAAGAGCUGGAUUAUAUCGCCGCCAGGGCGGCGGAGGCGGCGCUUUCCCGGGAGGCCGGCAAUGCUGGCCAUGAGGAGGACAAGGCCGACUCGGCCGCGGAGGAGAAAGAGGUCGCCCAGUGGGUGAAGGCUGCUGGGGAGGCUAGCGGUGCCAACACCAAGGCCCCCCUAAAUGAACAUGUGGACAAGGAGUUGACCGAGGAAGAGGUCGAGGCCGCCGAUCCUCCGGCCGUGGGAAAAAGACGCGUCCUGUGCCGGGCUGGCUCCGGCGAGCCGGUCCGGCCCGGCAGGACCGUGCAGCGGCAACAGGUCCAGGAGCAGUCCGCACGCCAGACGAGGGCCACGGCAGUGAGGAAAGCAGUGAAGGUCCCGGUGGCGAAGAAGAAGGCGGCUGCCUCUUCUUCGUCCAAGCGUCGCCGGACCCCAUCUCCUUCUCCUCCUCUCGCCGAUGUCGACACGGAGGUCAUGGACACGGAGACGCUGGCGCAGAGGGUGGCGAAGAGAGCCAAGGCCUCGACGGGCGACAAGGCCCCGGUGGGUAUUUCGAGUACGCCGCUGGUGGUAGGCAGCAGCCCGGAGAGCAGCCCUCGACGUAGCCCCCGCUUCAGCCCCCAGCAACGGCAGCAGGAGGAGCCGCCGAGGGCUACCCCCAAAUUGCCUCCCCCCUCGACGACGCCGCCCCGAGGGGCGUCCCCGGCUAGGGCAUCCACCUACGAGCCCAUGCCCAUGGAGGAGGAGGAGGAGAUGAACUUGGGUGCCGGCGGUUCCACCCCGACAACGAACGUUGGCGGGGAGGGCGCCACUUCUUCCCAGCCUGGUGCGGGCGCCUCCUCGGCGGACCAGGAGAACAUCGACACUGUUAUCAAGGAGGUCGCCAGGGAUGCUGAGGCCGAGGCCAACAAGAUCGUCGCCGAGGAGGCCGCCAAGACCAAGGCGGAGGCGGACCUCGAGGGGCGCGUUACCAAGACGCAGGCUUGGUUCUGCCAGGCCCACGAGGAGCUGAAGGUUGCCCAGGACCUGCUGGCCGAGCGCAAACUGGAGCUUGUCAUCAAGCAGUCCGACAUCGAGAAGGCUCAAGAGAGGGCGAGGGAACAGGCCGCCAAGGACGAGGUCAUUGAGAUUCAGACAACAAUUGAGCAGCUCCAGGAGGAAGCAGAGGAGAAGAGAGGACAAGGUACUACGGAUGCUUUUCAGUGA